UUCUGUGGUCUGUGGAAUUUUACAAGAAAACUUAACACUGGUGGGCUUGUCAUUAGAUUAUGCCAUUGAUUUUCAAAGGAUAUGACUAGGGAUUGAGGAUGCAAAGCUUCAAUGCAACAAAUUACAGAACUAGGUUUUUACCUACUCCCUCAACCCUAUCUACUGCAAUUCUGUAGAGCCUCAACUGUAGAUGAUUUCAGGCUCUUUUUGUGGGAGCCUGUAAGAGAGUAUAAAGAAUGGCAGAAAUAUCCGAUGUUCCCGAAGACAAAGUAAAAAGUUAAAUACUUCAGAAUGGAGGGCGUGGUCAGCAGUGUCUUAAACAGAACUGGGAUUAAGUAAAGCAAGAAUUUUCGUGUCCUCUGGAUUCUGUGACAAGGAAGUUCAGUGAGGUAGAUGGUGGUAGCUGAGAUGAGACUGCAGUGGAUCCAGGAGAAAAGUGGGAGGUGAAGAGGAGACAGGUUCUUGGAAACAACCGCAGGUUCCCAGGGAAGGGAAGAGAGAGACAGAGACGAAGGCUGCUAGGGGGAGGACUACCUUCUUUAGCUCUACUUCCGCUGGGUCAGCGGGGUCCCGACUGCAAAGCGAUGACCUACGCGGUGGCACUGGGCGCUCUCAGCAGAGGUGCAGGUCGAGCAACUCACUGACCCGCUGCCCCAGGUGCACUGAGUUUGCCUGGAAGAUCCUGGACGCCGGAGCGCUCUUUAGAUGCCGCCUCGGGGGAGGAACGCCUUCCUCCCUCCCAAGGGAGGCGUUCUUCCUCCCUCCCAAGCUCUCCUCAGCUCGCGGUCGACUUAGGCUUGGAAGGUCCCGGACGCUGCGUUUGGCGCCUCAGCUUCCAACUUCUGAGGGCGGGCGCUCCCGCGGCGUCCCGGCCAGGGCCUCACGCACGAGGCUCUUCAAGCGACGCCCGAGAGCCACUGGCGCGGACCCGCUCGCCUCAGGCGGCUGAGAACCGUGGUGGCUUGAGUCGGGCGGUUGCGGCAGCCCGGCUGACCGCGCGGACCCUGAGCAGCUGCGGCGUCGAGGAAGCGGCAGGUGGCGUGGCCGCCGGCGGGACGCCCUCCCUGGGGCCAGGAGGAGAGGCGGCCUGCGGUCCCCGCCAUCGCGGGGCAGCGCUGGCCGGACCAUGCUGCGCUGGCUGCGGGGCUUCGUGCUGCCCGCGGCGAGUUGCCACACCGACGAGGAAGACUACUUACACUACAAGAACCUUUUCCAAGACCUGGACCACAACGGGGACGGGGUGGUGGACAUCUUGGAGCUCCAAGAGGGCCUGAAAAACUGGAACCCCUCUUUUGCCCGGGAGAAGGAUAUUUAUAAAACUGUAGAUACCAAUGCUGAUUCCGGAUUGAACUUCGAAGAUUUUAUGCGCUACCUUAAAGACCACGAGAGAAAAAUGACGCUGGCAUUUAAUAGUCUGGACAAAAAUAAUGAUGGAAUAAUAGAAACUUCAGAAAUAAUUGCUGUUUUGAAAUCACUGGGUAUAAAUAUUUCUGAAACUCAAGCAAAAAAGAUUAUACAAAGCAUUGAUAGAGAUGGAACAAUGACAGUAGAUUGGGAUGAAUGGAAGAACUACUUCUUGCUUCAUCCUGCAAAAAAUAUCGAUGAAAUUGCUCAUUUCUGGAAGCGUUCUACUAUGAUUGACAUAGGGGAGAGCAUAGCUAUUCCAGAUGACAUUACUGAACAGGAAAAACGUUCUGGAAAUUGGUGGAAGCGCUUGGUGGCAGGAGGGAUAGCCGGUGGAGUUGCAAGGACGUGCACGGCACCUUUUGACCGCUUGAAGGUCAUGAUGCAGAUUCAUAAUUUACAGUCAGGGAAAAUGAGAUUGCUGGAUGGGUUUAAGCAGAUGGUAAAAGAAGGAGGAAUUCUUUCUCUUUGGCGAGGAAAUGGUGUAAAUGUUUUAAAAAUUGCACCUGAGACAGCACUCAAGGUUGGGACCUAUGAACAGUAUAAGAAAUGGCUCAGUUCUGAUGGUGCUAAAAUAGGAAUUAUUGAAAGAUUUAUAUCUGGUUCAUUGGCUGGUGCAACUGCACAGACCUGUAUUUACCCUAUGGAGGUUAUAAAGACCAGACUGGCUGUAGGUAAAACUGGACAGUACUCAGGGAUUAUUGAUUGUGGCAAGCAGCUUCUGAAGCAAGAAGGUGCUAGAGCCUUUUUCAAAGGUUAUAUUCCUAACUUGCUAGGAAUUAUACCUUAUGCAGGCAUAGAUCUUUGUGUUUAUGAGGAUAGUUGA